CGGCGGUGUCCCCCGCGUCGGUGGCCACUGCUACCUGGCCGGAGGACGCGGCCCCUGAACGGGCACGAGCAGUCCCAGGCGCUGGCUGAUCUCGCUCCUCCGCUCUCUGGACGGGGCCGGGGCGGGAUGUAGGGCGCUGGGCGCGGAGGCCGCCGGCGCGGCGGGGCGAUCGCGGCGGACGCGCCGAGGAUGGAGAGAGCGAUGGAGCAGCUCAACCGCCUGACUCGCUCGCUGCGCCGCGCGCGCACCGUGGAGUUGCCCGAGGAUAAUGAAACUGCUGUUUAUACAUUAAUGCCAAUGGUUAUGGCUGAUCAACACAGGUCUGUUUCUGAACUACUAUCAAAUUCAAAAUUUGAUGUCAAUUAUGCUUUUGGACGUGUGAAAAGAAGCUUGCUUCACAUUGCAGCAAAUUGUGGAUCAGUGGAGUGCUUGGUUCUGCUGCUAAAGAAAGGAGCAAACCCUAACUAUCAAGAUAUUUCAGGCUGUACACCGCUUCAUUUGGCAGCUAGAAAUGGGCAAAAAAAAUGUAUGAGUAAAUUAUUAGAAUACAGUGCUGAUGUCAACAUUUGUAAUAAUGAAGGCCUUACAGCAAUCCACUGGCUGGCUGUGAAUGGGCGGACAGAACUACUGCAUGACCUCGUGCAGCACGUCAGUGAUGUCGACGUUGAGGAUGCAAUGGGGCAGACAGCAUUGCAUGUAGCCUGCCAGAAUGGUCACAAGACGACAGUGCAAUGCUUACUAGACAGUGGUGCUGAUAUUAAUCGACCAAAUGUCUCAGGAGCCACUCCGUUGUACUUUGCUUGCAGCCAUGGACAAAGAGAUACAGCACAAAUUCUUCUGUUACGAGGAGCCAAAUAUCUGCCAGAUAAAAAUGGAGUUACCCCUUUGGAUUUAUGUGUACAGGGUGGAUAUGGAGAAACUUGUGAAGUAUUAAUUCAGUAUCACCCUAGGCUUUUCCAGACUAUUAUUCAAAUGACACAGAAUGAAGACCUUCGAGAAAAUAUGUUACGACAAGUUCUAGAACAUUUGUCUCAGCAAAGUGAAAGCCAAUACCUAAAGAUUCUAACAAGCCUUGCUGAAGUUGCUACAACAAAUGGUCACAAAUUGCUUAGCCUGUCUAGUAAUUAUGAUGCUCAAAUGAAGAGUCUAUUAAGGAUUGUGAGAAUAUUUUGUCAUGUGUUUCGGAUUGGUCCAUCCUCCCCCAGUAAUGGAAUUGAUAUGGGCUACAAUGGGAAUAAAACUCCAAGAAGCCAAGUGUUCAAGCCUCUGGAGUUGCUUUGGCACUCAUUAGAUGAAUGGCUAGUUUUAAUAGCUACAGAACUGAUGAAAAACAAAAAAGAUUCGACGGAUAUCACUUCUAUUUUACUGAAACAAAAAGGCCAAGAUCAAAAUGCUUCUUCCAUUCCACCAUUUGAACCUCCAGGACCUGCAAACUAUGAAAAUUUAUCCACUGGCACAGGGGAAUCUAAACCAGAUGCUCUUGCAGGGAAACAGGAAACCAAUGCAGAUUGUCAGGAUGUUAUUUCUAUGACAGCUAACCGGCUAAGUGCUGUCAUUCAAGCUUUUUACAUGUGCUGUUCUUGUCAGAUGCCUCCAGGAAUGACUUCACCUCGUUUUAUUGAAUUUGUCUGCAAACAUGAUGAAGUUUUAAAAUGCUUUGUUAACAGAAAUCCAAAAAUUAUAUUUGAUCAUUUUCACUUUCUCCUUGAAUGUCCUGAGUUGAUGUCAAGAUUCAUGCAUAUCAUAAAAGCACAGCCAUUUAAAGAUCGCUGUGAAUGGUUCUAUGAACAUUUGCAUUCAGGACAACCAGAUUCAGACAUGGUACACAGGCCAGUAAAUGAAAAUGAUAUCCUGCUGGUUCACAGAGAUUCUAUUUUUAGGAGUAGCUGUGAAGUUGUGUCAAAAGCAAAUUGUGCAAAGCUAAAGCAAGGGAUUGCUGUACGGUUCCAUGGAGAAGAAGGCAUGGGUCAAGGUGUUGUGCGUGAGUGGUUUGAUAUUCUGUCUAAUGAAAUAGUCAAUCCCGAUUAUGCAUUGUUUACCCAGUCAGCUGAUGGAACCACCUUUCAGCCUAAUAGCAACUCCUACGUAAAUCCAGAUCACUUGAACUAUUUCAGGUUUGCUGGACAAAUCUUGGGAUUGGCUUUGAACCAUAGGCAACUGGUCAAUAUUUACUUUACACGAUCAUUCUACAAGCACAUUCUUGGUAUUCCUGUAAAUUACCAAGAUGUGGCAUCCAUUGAUCCAGAAUAUGCCAAAAAUUUGCAAUGGAUUUUAGAUAAUGAUAUUAGUGAUCUGGGUCUAGAACUGACUUUCUCUGUUGAGACUGAUGUGUUUGGAGCAAUGGAAGAGGUGCCUUUGAAACCUGGAGGUGGAAGUAUUCUUGUGACACAAAAUAACAAAGCGGAAUAUGUCCAGCUUGUUACUGAACUUCGAAUGACAAGAGCCAUUCAGCCUCAGAUCAAUGCUUUUCUACAGGGCUUUCAUAUGUUCAUUCCACCCUCCCUCAUACAGCUUUUUGAUGAAUAUGAAUUGGAGCUACUGCUUUCUGGCAUGCCAGAAAUUGAUGUGAGUGAUUGGAUAAAAAAUACUGAAUACACAAGUGGCUAUGAAAGAGAAGAUCUGGUUAUUCAGUGGUUCUGGGAAGUUGUGGAAGACAUUACUCAAGAGGAGAGAGUUCUUCUCUUACAGUUUGUUACCGGCAGUUCCAGGGUCCCGCAUGGUGGAUUUGCUAAUAUCAUGGGUGGAAGUGGAUUACAGAACUUCACAAUCGCUGCUGUACCAUAUACCCCAAAUCUUUUACCAACUUCAAGCACAUGCAUCAACAUGCUGAAGUUACCUGAAUACCCAAGUAAAGAAAUACUCAAGGACAGACUCCUUGUGGCACUACAUUGUGGCAGCUAUGGUUACACAAUGGCAUAAUGAAGUCUGGAAAACUCAUCGGACUGCUGAUGCACAAUUCAGAGUGGCAGAAGUAAUUUAGGAAACUGUCAACAGAAAAGCAGCCUAAAUGCAACCCAUAGGCGGGCUGAUGUUUAAAAUUCAUAAAAGAUCAGGUUUUGUUUUUUUUUCUCUUUCACUUUUUAUGUUUUCUCUGUUUGUAAAAUGAUUAGAAAACACAAAAUCACAGUAGACUUCAUUUUAAAAAAUGCUAAUUGAAAAUUGUAGAAACUGUCCUUUUUCAUAUUUUUUAAAUCUUGUCCAAGAUUGCGUUAAGACAAAAUUUUAUUCUGCAUUCCACCUCUGCUAUGUAACUAUCUUGCUGAAAGGGUAUUUUCUCUUUAUUUUCAUAUGUAUUAUAUGAGGACAUUCAACUGGUAUGUUCUCUUGCAUGUAAAGUGCCAUUUAUAUUUUGGAAAACUGUUGUAUAGAAUGGAUUAAUUUAGAUUGUGUAUAAAACCACAAAUAUGUAUUUUCCCACAUUGUAUCUAUAUUGCAAUGAUUUUUUAGCUUUUUAGUAUUUUAAUAUAUAAUAUAAAAUUUAGAGUGAUGUGACUAACAGUUGAUGAAAUGGCAUCUGAUUUAUAUAUUAAAGCUUACACUAUGUUAUAUUAA